UGCAUAUAAUCGAGAUGGUAAAACCGCAUAAUGUCCUCGUCGGAGACAGCUGAGCCACAUCUCCGUACUGCCAUGGCCUCCUUCUCUCUCCUCUCUCUCUCCUCCUCUUCUUGGCCCACAUCUCUCCCCACGCGUCGUCGGCGGCGGAGACGGUUCUGGCGGGUGACCUCCUGGACGCGGCCCACGCUUCGGGGUUCGCCGCGUAGCUGCGCAGCGUGCGGCGGCGCAUCCACCAGCACCCGGAGCUGGCCUUCCACGAGUACCGCACAAGCGAGCUCGUCCGCGCCGAGCUGGACACGAUCGGCGUGUCCUACUCCUGGCCCGUCGCCCAGACCGGUGUGGUGGCCACGAUCGUCGGCGGCGGCGGCGCUGGGUCCGUUGUUGCGCUCCGGGCGGACAUGGACGCGCUCCCCUUGCAGGAACUGGUAGAUUGGGAAUACAAAAGCCAGGAGAGUGGGAAAAUGCAUGCUUGUGGACAUGAUGCUCACACAUCAAUGCUUCUCGGAGCUGCUAAGCUACUUCAUUCUUGGAAGGAUUACAUCAAGGGUACCGUCAAGCUUGUCUUUCAGCCAGCAGAAGAAGGAUAUGCCGGGGCUUACCAUGUCCUAGAAGAAGGUAUUCUAGACGAUGUGUCUGCCAUUUUUGGUCUGCAUGUCGACCCAAGUCUUCCAGUGGGUACCGUCGUCUCCAGGCCAGGGCCAUUCAUGGCAGCAUCGGGACGGUUUUUGAUAACGGUCACUGGGAAAGGCGGUCACGCUGCAAUGCCACACAGUGCUGUCGACCCCAUCGUCAUGGCAUCCUCCGCCAUCAUCAGCCUCCAACAAAUCGUAGCUCGGGAAAUCGAUCCCCUCGAAGCCGCGGUGGUCUCAGUAACAUUCAUGAAAGGAGGUGAUGCUUACAAUGUCAUUCCUGAGUCAGCUUGCUUCGGUGGCACCUUCAGGAGCUUGACAACAGAAGGUCUAUCAUAUCUUAAGAAGAGGAUCAAGGAGAUUGUCGAAGCGCAUGCCGUCGUGAGCCGCUGCACUGCCACCGUCGACUUCAUGGAUGAGGAGCUCCGGCCAUACCCAGCCACCGUCAACGACGAAGGCAUGUACGAUCAUGCCAGAUCAGUGGCAGCGGCUAUGCUUGGAGAAGGCCACGUCAAGAUAGGUGGCCCAAUCAUGGCCGCGGAGGAUUUCUCGUUCUACACGCAGAGAUUCCCAGGGGCAUUUUUCAUGUUAGGAACCCGCGACGAGGCUAUGGCAACCGCGGUUCAUCCACUCCACUCCCCCAACUUUGUGAUCGAUGAGGGUGUGCUCCCGGUGGGAGCUGCCUUCCAUGCUGCUGUGGCGAUGGAGUACUUGAACAAGCGCGGAACCGUGGCAAAGUAAACUAAAUUACUGUUGUUCGUUGGAAAUUUUAGGAUGCCAAUAAUUGUUAGGACGGGUGUGGGCAUUCAUAGGUAUGAGCAUAAUAGUUGUUAGGAUGUGAUUGCGACAUGGAGCUAAGCUUAUGAGUGUUUACAGUUGUAAGAGUCUAACCUCAGUUUUCAUUGUGCAAAGCUCUGCACGGUGUGAGUUGGCCUGGUUAUGCAACUCGUUCCAUUCGAAAGACAACUCGGAAAGUAAACGUUAGUCUCCACUUUUUGAUUGAAUAUAUUGAUUUGGAUACAAAA